GGCCCUGGCUCUGUGCUGGGGGGAACCAGCCCUUUCCAACCACUAGCCCGGUUCUUCGCCCCCUCUAUGUAUAGCCUGGGGGGAGGAAGCCCCCUAGCGUGGCAGACUAGCCAUUCCUAACCCCCCUGCUUCCCACGGAGUCGCGCGCCCCGCUGUGUGUCAUGGGCCCCGCGCUGCCGGCCCCCGGGGGUGAUUCUCCCCGAUGGGGAGACUGAUAUCUGCGAAACUGAGGCACUGACAGAUGGAUGGACGUAAUGGAGGUGACCAUGUCGUCGAUGGACCCCCUGCCCCCCGCCCUGCCCCCUGCCCAGAAGCCCACCCGCAUCAUGAAGCCACGUCCCCCCUCGUGGUCGCGGCCCUGCUCGUCCCCCCAGCAGGAUGUGGCCCCCCGCCUGGAUCCAUCCCCCGGCGGGGAGCAGGGCCCGGGCAACGUCCGCAAGAUGGUGGGGCGCUUUGAGCACCGGGCGGGCGGGGGCCCGGCGCCCAGCCCCCCCACAGAGAACGGGGCCAAGCGCCCCCCGCAGACUCCCCUGGGGAUGGAGCUCGGUCUGGGGCAGGACGCUGGGGGGCAGCCCCCCAGCCCGGAGCCCCUGGGCGCCUGCCCCCCACGCUGCCCCUGCGGCUGCCACCGGCGCCGGCCUGGCAUGGUGCUAGUGUGGGUGCUGGCGCCCGAGGGGGAGGAGCCAGGCUCGGACGGCUCCGCCUCCACUGAUGAGGAGGGCCCCCUCUUCCGGCACCUGCUGGAGGUCACCACCCCCACCCCCCAAUCCCGCUGGUCCCCCCUCCAGCCUCCCGCCCCGCCCCCCGAGGACGGCAGCGUGGUCCUGACCAGCUACCGCUCCACUGCCCAGCUCAACGGGGGCCCGGCGCGGGCCAAGCCCCCACGCCGGGCCAAGGGGGGGGGUGCCCCAGGCGGACCAGGCCCCCCCCCGGCUGUGCCCCCCGACCCCAGGGAAGCCACUGCGCAGGGCCCUGGACCCCCAGCCUCCUGCCCCAGCCCCCCCAAGCCCCUCCAAUCCCUGCCAAACCGUGCCCCCCACUCCCACCUGUCCAGGCCCCCCAUGACCCCCCAAUUGCUGCCAAACUCGUGCCCCACGGCCCCGCCUGCCCUGCCCCCCCAUGACCUCCCAAUCACUGCCAAACCGUGCCCCACGGCCCCGCCUGCCCUGCCCCCCCAUGACCUCCCAAUCGCUGCCAAACCGUGCCCCACGGCCCCGCCUGCCCUGCCCCCCCACGACGCCCCAGUCCCUGCCAAGACAUGUUCUCUACCGCCGCCCCCUACCCAGCCCCCUCCCUGCCCCCCCACCCAGGAUCCCCUGCCCCCCGCCAAGCUCUGCCGUCCCCUCCCGCCCCCCUCUUCCCAGCCUCCCCCUCCCCCGCAGAAGGAGGGCGCCCCGGCGCGGGAGAAUGGACCCUGCCAAGGAGACUCCGAUGGCCACAGUCUGGAGCCAGAGCCGCCGAGGGACAGGUGCUGCCCGUCCCCGAAGGGCCCCGGCUGGGGGCUGCCCCUGCAGGAUGAGCCCCUGUACCAGACGUACCGCCAGGCCGUCAUCCGCAAGGAGCCACCGCCAGACCCUGCCCCGCAGCGCCAGCCUGACCAGCUGGGACGGGGACCCGGCCCCCCGGCCCCCCCCAGCGCCCCGGCCCUCCAAAGCACCCUCUGGCAGGACCUGCCGGCCGUGCGGGAGAGCGGCCUGCUCCGGCGCCUCAGCCCCCAGGAGUGCAAGAUGCAGGAGAGCCUGUUCGAGGUGCUGACGUCGGAGGCCUCGUACCAGCGCUCACUGCGCCUGCUGGCCGAGCACUUUGUGGGGUCGCGGGCGCUGGGCGAGACGCUGGUGCCCCGCGAGCGCCAGGCCCUGUUCUCCAGCAUCCUGCGGAUCCAGGAGAUCAGCGCCAGGUUCCUGGCGGCGCUCGAGCGGCGCGUGGCCGAGAACCUGCAGAUCCAGGACGUGAGCGACGUGGUGGCCGCCCACGCCCGGCGCGACUUCUCCGCCUACAUCGACUAUGUCCGCAACCAGCCCUACCAGGAGAAGGAGUACAGCGCCCUCAUGUGCGCCACGGGGCGGGGCUGUGGGGCUGGGGGACGUCUGGGUUCUCUCCCCAUCUCACCCGGGUCCCUCCCUGUGCCCCAGAACAUCCUGCGCCGGGCGGAGGAGGGCUCGGAGCGGGAGAGAAAUGCGUUGGAUGCCCUGGCCUGCAUCUCCCAGAUCAUUGAGGAGUGCAACUCGGAGGUGGGGCGCAUGCGGCAGACGGAGGAGCUCAUUGAGAUUGCUGGGCGCAUCGACUUCGACCGGCUCAAGGCGGUGCCCAUCAUCUCGCAGAGCCGGCGGCUGGAGAAGCAGGGAGCGCUGGCCGAGGUGCUGCCCCGGGGGUCCCUGUUCGGCACCAGGCCCCGGACGGUUCCCAUCCACCUCUUCCUCUUCAGUGACCUGCUGCUCGUCACCCAGCGCAAGAGGUGGGGCCGGGGGGGCAGGUCGCGGGGCGCUUCGUGGUGCUGGACUAUGGGCACCGGUCGCUGGUGUCGGUGCAGGGGGUGGGGCAGCCCCCCCCCGGCGCCCGGCCUGGCCCAGGCCUUUUACCUCACGCUACUGGAGAACCACUGCGGCCAGGCCUGCGAGCGCCUCUGCCGGGCCCCCAGCCAGUCGGACAUGCACCGAUGGAUGGAGGCCUUUCCCCAGCACGGCGCCCCCCCCAGCCAGCCCCAGGAGACCAUCUACGAGGACUGGGACUGCCCCCAGGUGCAGUGCGUGGAGCCCUACCUGGCCAGGCAGGCUGAUGAGCUGAGCCUGGAGCCGGCCGACGUUGUCAACGUGCUGCGCAAAACGAGCGAGGGCUGGUGCCAGGGCCUGCGACUGGGCGACGGUCACAAGGGCUGGUUCCCGGCCAGCCACGUGCAGGAGAUCACCAGUGAGCACGUCCGCCGGCGCAACCUGCGUGAGAGACACCGGCUCCUCCAGGCCGCCCGGCAGCUGCAGCUCAGCCGCCUCACCACCGGCAAGGCAGACUCUGCCUGAGCCGGGCACGGGACCUGCCAGGCACAGGACCCGCCUGAGCCGGGCACGGGACAUGCCUCAUCCACCUGAGCCGGGCACGGGACCCGCCUGAUCCGCCCGAGCCGGGCACGGGACCCGCCUGAUCCGGGCACGGGACACGUCUGAUCCGCCUGAUCCGGGCACGGGACACGUCUGAUCCGCCUGAGCCGGGCCUGGAAUAUUGCGACGGGCACCAGGCCGGGUGUGGCCAAGCCCCAGCCGAACUCAGCCUGAGCCAGUGUGUGUGGGGGGUGCAGGCCUGGCCCCCUCCCCACCCGCAGCCAGCUGCCCCCUGGCACCGUGGGCACUGCCGAGGGUGGGACAUCUCCGGUGUUGGACGGGGGCUGCUCCGGGACAAGCUACCUCAGUUGGGCCACCCCCCCCUUGGGACCAGGUGGACACACUGCCACUCCCCCCCUCCCCCCGACGCACAUCCCUGGAGCUGUGACCCCCUCCCCGUCCGUCUCCUGGCCCCCCAGCUUCUGCC